AGAGGGCGGGGUCCAGUCCGUGAAUGGGGGCACCAUGCCGCCGCCCGGCCUCUUGGGCUCUGGGCUGUGGAUGAGUAGGGCCAUGAGCUGGUGUGUUUUGGAGCCUCGACCCCCGGGGAAGCGGUGGCUGGUGGCCGGCCUGGGGAACCCCGGACUGCCUGGCACGCGGCACAGCGUGGGCAUAGCAGUGCUGGGGCAGCUGGCGCGGCGGCUGGGUGUGGCGGAGAGCUGGGCGCGCGACCGGCGUUGCGCCGCCGACCUCGCCCUGGCUCCGCUCGGGGAUGCCCAGGUGGUUCUGCUCCGGCCGCGGCGGCUUAUGAACGCCAACGGACGCAGCGUGGCCCGAGCCGCGGAGCUGUUCGGGCUGACUGCCGAGGAGGUCUACCUGGUGCACGAUGAGCUGGACAAGCCUCUGGGGAAACUGGCUCUGAAGCUGGGGGGCAGUGCCAGGGGCCACAAUGGAGUCCGUUCCUGCAUUAGCUGCCUCAACUCCAGCGCAAUGCCGCGGCUACGGGUGGGCAUUGGACGCCCAACACACCCUGACGCGGUACAGGCUCAUGUGCUGGGCUGCUUCUCCCCGGCUGAGCAGGAACUGCUGCCUCCACUGCUGGAGCGCGCCACCGACUUGCUCCUAGAUCAUAUCCGUGAGCGAAGCCAGGGGCGACCCAUGCUGGGCAUCUGAUGCCGUGGACAUGGCUGCCAGCCUGACUGCAAUGCCCGUAUACUCAGCCAUGUCCACAGAGCUGCCAUGCCAACCUGUGGUAUCCACUCUUUAUAUAACUCUUUUCCUCUGGGCUGCUCCCGGCAGCCUAUGGAAUAAAGGGGGGACUGUGGCCGCAAUGGUCCAUUUCUGGGGUAAGGGGUUAGUCUUCUCUCACUAUCCUACUUAGGAUGCAAGCAAACUUCAGGAAGACUGAAUUUUUUGAGCCUUUUUGGAUAACUGAAGCCGUGGACCUGUAAGAUUAAAGAUGCAGGCUUGGAAGCUGAGGUCUCCUCUGGGGCUCCCACCCUUCCCCUCCCUGUGAGGGAGGAGAUAACAAGGUCCAGCAGGCCCCCUCCCAGGGGACGCCCAAGUAUGCCUUCGUGGAUUGAGGCCUUGGCACACCUUUCUUCAGCCCAUUUUACAGACAGGGGAAAUGGAGGCUCAGAGUAGUCCAGCCACAUCCCCAAGGUCACAC